AUGGAGACGACCGAAAGGUCGCUUCCACUCCUCGACGAGAACCAAAGCGGCGGCGGCGGCGGCGGCGGCGGCGGCGUUGGGGCCACCUCCGCUCAGACCCUCGGCAACAUCGUGGUCUCCCUCCUGGGCACCGGCGCUCUCGGCCUCCCCUACGCCUUCCGCAUCUCCGGGUGGCUCUCCGGUUCCCUCGGCCUCGCAACCGCCGCCGCCGUCGUUUAUUACUGCAUGCUCCUCCUCAUAAAAUGCAGAAAUAAAUUGGAAGAAGAAGGAGAUAAAGAUGGUUCUGUCCAAAUCCAGACCUACGGGGAUUUGGGCGCGGUAGCGUUCGGAGUCCCCGGCCGCUGCCUGACCGAAGUACUUGUCCUCAUCUCUUAUGCCGGCACCGCCGUCUCCUAUCUCUUCUUCAUGGGCGAAAACCUCUCCUCCGUCUUCUCCUCUUACGCUAUCUCGCCCUCGGCGUUCGUCUUUGUGCUCCUCCUCCCCCUCGAGGCUGCUCUCUCCUUCAUCCGCUCCUUCUCCGUGCUCGCCCCCAUCAGCGUCUUUGCCGACGCGUGCAAUGUCCUCGCGAUGGCCAUUGUCCUUGCUGUGGACGUUCGGCAGCUCGGAAAGCCUUGGGAGAAGGCUAAAAGGAGCGCUUAUAAUGGGGCUUGGAGCUUGCCAUUCGCUGGAGGUGUGGCGAUGUUUUGCUUCGAGGCGUUCGGGUUGACGCUGUCGCUCGAGGCGUCGAUGGCGGAGAGGAGAAAGUUCCCUUGGGUGCUACUUCAGGCAUUUCUUGGGAUUGGAGCGACUUAUAUAUGUUUUGGAGUUUUUGGCUAUCUGGCUUACGGUGAUGACACAAAUGAUAUCAUUACGCUGAAUCUUCCAAGCAACUGGCUUUCUUCCAUUGUGAAGGUUGGACUUUGCACUGCUCUAGCAUUCACUUUUCCGAUGACAAUUCAUCCAGUCCAUGAGAUCAUAGAGAACAAGCUGGACUCGAGUGAAUGGUUUCAGAAGCUCUGCCACAAUUUACCAGGUAGGAAUUGGUUAGGACUGCAAGCAGUCCGCAUGCUAAUUGUGGUGGCCGUGGCCUUUUUAGCUACUUCAGUUCCAGGCUUUGCAAUACUCAUAUCAUUUAUAGGGAGCACGGUCUGUGCACUGCUUGCUUUUGUCUUGCCUUCCACAUUUCACCUCAAGCUCAUGGGGUCUUCCUUGACUCCAUUGCAAAGAGUGUUGGAUUACAGUAUACUUGGUAUUGGCCUGGUAUUUGCAGGGUACAGCAUUUACAGCGCUGCGUCUGGUCACUCCAUGGGUUCAUGACUUUAUCUCUUUUACAGGCCUGUGUAGCUUUUUCUUUUUUCCUGUAUUCAUUUUUCUGUUCUUAUGAGAAGGAUGAGGUAAUUACAUCAAUUGAUUUCAACGAGAACAAG